CAAGUGAAUAACAACAACACGCCUAUGCUUAAGUCGACCAGUUUUCCAACAUUUCUGAAGUCUUCUGUUUAUGUAAUCAACCGGAGCUAAGCAUUAAAAAUGAUUUCUAAAUCUCGCUUCGUCUGGACCAGCUUGAAUCCUUUCCGACAACUUUUGCAAGAACAAUGUAGGACGGUGCACAUUUCCGAGGCAAACGUGUUGAACUCGGAAAUCAAUCGACAAUCGGCAGAAUAUAAGGAAAACAACUCCCAGAUGAGUGAGUUAGUCGGGCAACUGAAAUCUAUUACCGAAAACGUUCUGACUGGUGGAGGGCCUGAUGCGAUUCAACGACACACCAGUAAGGGUAAAUUACUGGUACGGGAUCGUAUCAAUAGGUUGAUCGAUCCGGGUUCCCCUUUUCUGGAGUUAAGCACCCUGGCUGCAUAUGACAUGUACGGAAAAGAUACAGUUAAUUCUGCUGGAAUCGUAACUGGAAUCGCUCGUGUACAAGGUGUAGAUUGCGUCAUUGUGGCUAACGAUGCCACUGUGAAAGGAGGUUCGUAUUAUCCGAUCACAGUGAAGAAACAUCUGCGUGCACAGGAGAUUGCCCAGGAGAACAAUCUACCCUGUAUUUAUCUGGUUGAUUCAGGGGGCGCGAACCUUCCGCGACAAGCGGAAGUAUUUCCGGACAAGAAUCACUUCGGGAGAAUUUUCUACAACCAAGCGAAUAUGUCAGCCCGAGGCAUUCCACAAAUUGCCGUGGUGAUGGGAUCAUGCACAGCUGGUGGUGCUUACGUUCCCGCUAUGGCCGAUGAAAGUAUUAUCGUGAAAAAACAAGGUACAAUUUUUCUAGCCGGCCCUCCCCUGGUAAAAGCAGCUACCGGGGAAGUUGUAUCGGCCGAAGACUUGGGCGGUGCCGAUCUGCACUGCCGAACAUCGGGUGUCACUGAUCAUUAUGCCGUAGAUGACGAACAUGCUCUUUACUUAGCAAGACAGAUCGUGGCAAAUUUAAACCGACCGAGUGGGUAUGAUGAAAAUGCAGCAUUUUCUUCGAACGCGAUGAUGAACCAUGACGGACUCAGUUUCCUAUCAGAACCCGAACCACCUCGGUAUGAUGUGGAGGAACUGUACGGUAUUGUAGGGGCCAACUUAACGAAAUCGUUUGAUGUGCGAGAGGUGAUAGCUCGUAUUUUCGAUGGCAGUCGAUUCACAGAAUUUAAGAAAUUUUACGGCGAAACAAUUGUUUGUGGUUAUGCAAGACUGUACGGUCAACUAGUUGGAGUAAUCGGCAAUAAUGGUGUUCUGUUUUCGGAAAGUGCGCUUAAAGGAUCUCACUUUAUUCAACUAUGCGCGCAAAAAAAGAUUCCUUUGAUAUUCCUGCAGAACAUUACGGGAUUCAUGGUGGGUCGUGACGCCGAGGCUGGAGGAAUUGCCAAGAAUGGGGCGAAAAUGGUCACUGCGGUUGCAUGUGCCAAUGUCCCAAAACUUACGUUAAUCAUCGGUGGAUCGUACGGCGCGGGUAACUACGGAAUGUGCGGUCGUGCAUAUUCGCCCCGGUUUUUGUAUAUGUGGCCGAACAGCCGUAUUUCAGUGAUGGGUGGUUCACAAGCAGCUGGCGUGUUGGCACAAAUCACUGAGGAACAAUACAAGCGUUCCGGGAAGGAAUGGACGGAAGCCACCGGUGAUAAGAUAAAGACUCCCAUUAUAAAGCAAUUCGAAGCUGAAGGAUCACCUUAUUAUAGCACCGCUCGGCUGUGGGAUGACGGCAUUAUCGAUCCAGUUGAUACCAGAAAAGUUCUGGGACUUAGCUUGCAAGCCGCACUCAAUAUGCCAAUCCAAGAGAGUAAGUUUGGAAUUUUCCGCAUGUAACGUCAGAAAAUUCCGGACUAGAAUGUUCGUCUUCCAAACGGCAACUAAAGUGCAUUUACAUAAUUUAGAAGAUUUACAGGUUUUUUUAUCAGGGUGUUGUCUCAUAGAGCGAUCAUGUGAUUGUAUAUCAGAAUAUGCAUUUAGUGCUUGGCACAUUUUUUUUGUAGAAUAACUAAUGAUUUUUACUUGACCUCAGAAUAACUCUACAUGGUUGUAAACAUAUUUUUCCUGGUUUCUAGAAUAGCAACUUCGUAUAAAAUAUAUGCGAAAAAAAGCUAAUCAAAAAAAUGUUUAUAGCAUCUACUCUAGGGAAUAUCGAUGGAAUAAAAAAUAAUGCUGUCAUCAAUAAUAAAAUUGAUA